AUGGCCCCAGCUACUACUAGUACCAAUGAUAUGAUCACUGAGGAACCCUCCUCUCCACGUCAAGUCCCAAGAUUAGCAAGAAGGUUAACUGGUUUCCUUCCUCAAGAAAUUAAAGCCAUUGAUUCCACUAUCCCACUGAAAUCAAGAGCCUUAUGGAACAAACACCAAGUUAAGAAGUUCGAUGACGCCGAAUCCUUUCAAACUAGAUUUAUCGACCAUGUGGAAACUACUUUGGCUAGAUCUUUAUACAAUUGUGAUAACUUGGCCGCUUAUGAAGCAGCUUCUAUGUCUGUUAGAGAUAAUUUGAUUAUCGACUGGAAUAAAACUCAACAAAAAUUUACUACAAGAGAUCCAAAGAGAGUCUACUAUCUAUCUUUAGAAUUCUUAAUGGGUAGAGCUUUGGAUAAUGCUUUGAUUAACAUGGACCUAGAUGAUGAUGAAGUCUCCACUGACAAGAACAAUUCUAGCAAUCCAAAUAACUCAAAGGGUGAAAAGAAGAGUUCAAGAGAUAUUAUCUCCGGUGCUUUAGAUGAAUUAGGUUUCAGAUUGGAAGAUGUCUUAGAACAAGAACCAGAUGCCGGUUUGGGUAACGGUGGUUUGGGCCGUCUUGCUGCUUGUUUCGUUGACUCCAUGGCUACUGAAAAUAUUCCAGCUUGGGGUUAUGGUUUGCGUUAUCAAUAUGGUAUUUUUGCCCAAAAAAUUAUCGACGGUUAUCAAGUUGAAACUCCAGAUUACUGGUUAAACUUCGGUAACGCUUGGGAAAUUGAAAGAAAUGAAGUUCAAAUCCCAAUUACCUUCUACGGUUAUGUUGAAAGAGAUGAUGGUAAAGAUAGCACUACUUUAGCUCCAUCCCAAUGGAUUGGUGGUGAAAGAGUUAUUGCUGUCGCAUAUGAUUUCCCAGUCCCAGGUUACAAGACUAAUAAUGUUAAUAAUCUAAGAUUAUGGCAAGCUAGACCAACUACAGAAUUCGAUUUUGCAAAAUUCAAUUCCGGUGAUUAUCAAAACUCUGUAGAACAACAACAACGUGCUGAAUCAAUCACUGCUGUCUUAUAUCCAAAUGACAACUUUGAACAGGGUAAAGAAUUAAGAUUAAAACAACAAUACUUUUGGUGUUCUGCUUCUUUGCAUGAUAUCGUUAGAAGGUUUAAAAAGUCUAAGAGACCAUGGGCUGAAUUCCCAGAUGAGGUUGCUAUUCAAUUAAACGAUACUCAUCCAACCCUUGCUAUUGUAGAAUUACAAAGAAUUUUGGUUGAUUUGGAAAAAUUGGACUGGCAUGAAGCUUGGAAGAUCGUUACUGCUACUUUUGCCUACACCAACCAUACUGUCAUGCAAGAAGCUUUAGAAAAAUGGCCAGUUGGCUUGUUCGGUCACUUAUUACCAAGACAUUUAGAAAUUAUUUACGACAUUAAUUGGUUCUUCUUGCAAGAAGUUGCUAAGAAGUUCCCUAAGGACUUGGACCUAUUAUCCCGUAUUUCUAUUAUCGAGGAAAGUGGCCCAGAAAGACAAAUUAGAAUGGCUUACUUAGCUAUCGUUGGUUCCCAUAAAGUUAACGGUGUUGCUGAAUUACACUCUGAAUUAAUUAAGAAGACAAUUUUUUCUGAUUUCGUUAAAUUCUAUGGCGCUUCGAAAUUCACUAAUGUUACUAAUGGUAUCACUCCAAGGCGUUGGUUAAGACAAGCCAAUCCUAAAUUAGCUGAAUUGAUUAGUCAAACUUUGAAUGACCCACAAUAUGAUUUCUUGUUGGAUAUGCCAAGAUUAACUUUGUUAAACAAAUUGGCUGAUGAUAGAGAAUUUCAUAAGAAAUGGAAUGAAGUUAAGAUCCACAACAAAUUAAGGUUAGCCGAUUUAAUCAAGAAAUUAAAUGAUGGCGUUGAUAUUAUCGAUAGAGAACAUAUUGCUACUACCUUGUUCGAUGUUCAAGUUAAACGUAUUCAUGAAUACAAACGUCAACAAUUGAAUAUCUUUGGUGUUUUAUACCGUUACUUGGCAAUGAAGACAAUGUUGCAAAAUGGUUCCACUCUUGAGGAAGUUGCUAAGGUCUUCCCACGUAAGGUCUCCAUUUUUGGUGGUAAAUCUGCCCCAGGUUACUACAUGGCUAAGUUAAUUAUCAAAUUGAUUAACUCUGUUAGUGAAGUCAUUAACAAUGAUAUUGAGAUUGGUGACUUGUUGAAGGUUGUCUUUAUCCCAGACUAUAAUGUUUCCAAAGCUGAAAUUAUUAUUCCUGCUUCUGAUUUAAGUGAACAUAUCUCUACAGCUGGCACUGAAGCUUCUGGUACUUCUAAUAUGAAAUUUGCUAUGAAUGGUGGUUUAAUUAUUGGUACUGUGGAUGGUGCUAAUGUUGAAAUUACCAGAGAAAUUGGGGAAGAUAACAUUUUCUUGUUUGGUAACUUAAGUGAGAAUGUUGAAGAAUUAAGAUACAACCAUCAAUACAAUCCACAAGAAUUACCAGAAAACUUGGAAAAAGUAUUAGAGUACAUUGAACGUGGUGAAUUCACUGAUAAUCCAAGUGAAUUCCAACCAAUUGUUGAUGCUGUUAGAAAGCAUGGUGAUUACUACUUGGUUUCUGAUGAUUUUGAUUCGUACAUUGCUACCCAAGAACUUGUUGAUCAAGUCUUCCACAAUGAAAAGGAUGAAUGGAUUAAGAAGAGUAUUCUAAGUGUUGCUAAUAUAGGUUUCUUCAGUAGUGACCGUUGUAUCCAAGAAUAUGCUGAAACCAUCUGGAAUGUCGAACCUGUUAAGCAAUAA